UUUGAUAUAAUACAAAGGCGAUUGGCUAGUAUUAGGUACUCUAUACACUGCCACGAUCGCAUACUCAAUACCAUCCGUAGCCACGGACAGCUUCCGGGGCCGUCGGGGACCGAAUGUGGACCUGACGUGUCGGUCGUCCGCGGAAUCCACUUCUUAUAGGCUAACAAUCUUACAAGCCAACAGGGUUGAAUAGAUUUAUAAUGUAUAGCGCCCUGCUAGGUGUAUCAUCAUGAAACCCUUGUAUCUGCUUAUGAUGAAUAUAAUCCAUCUUGGAUAUUCAGUCUCUUUGGAUGUAUAUUAACACACAGCGAGCUGCUUUUUAGCGAUUUCGUGGAUUUAUACGCAACGGCCAAUAAUCUUCAACCCCUCUCUUCCCCCUGGUUCAUAUUCGGUGCUUAUAUAGUAUAGUCUCGAUGGCGAUAGAAACUACUACAAAAAAGGGCAUGAAAGUGCCAAGACCAAGAGGUGUCCCAAUUCUUGGUAAUCUCUUCUCUAUCGACGUGAACUCGCCGAUAUGUUCGAUCUUAGAGUUAGUACAACGUCCCGAAUUCCGGGAUGCUAUUGCUUUCGAUUUCGCGGGACAGCGUGUGAUUUUCGUGAAUACAGCUGCGUUGCUGAACGAACUAUGCGAUGAAUCGCGCUUUAAGAAAGCCGUUCACAGUGGGAUAGAAAAGAUGCGACAGGCUGUUGGGGAUGGCUUGUUUACAGCAUACAAUGAGGAGGAAAAUUGGGGAAUCGCUCAUCGGGUUUUGAUGCCGAUAUUUGGUCCUAUGAAGAUACGGGAGAUGUUUCCGCAGAUGAAAGAUAUCGCGUCGCAGUUGGCUUUGAAAUGGGCCAGACAUGGAGACACAGCAGAAAUCCUUGUUGCUGAUGACUUCACUCGUCUAACUUUAGAUACAAUCGCUCUAUGCACGAUGGGCUUCCGCUUUAAUAGCUUCUACGCCGGUGAGAAGCUGCAUCCUUUUGUGGGUAGCAUGCUCGCAGCGCUUCACGAAGCGGAUAUCCAAUCUGGUUACCCGGACUCUAUCAAUGCCAUCCGAUUCUCAGCUAGCAAGAACAUGAAAAAACAUACCAACGUUAUGCGAUCGAUUAGCGAAAGCAUUAUCGAAAAAAGACGGGCCCAGCCUGUGGCAGCACCUGAUCUUCUUAACACUAUGUUGAUGGGGAAGGAUCCUAAGACUGGGAAGGGUAUGUCGGAUAAGUCGAUCAUAGAUAAUAUGGUCACUUUUCUAAUAGCUGGACACGAAACGACAUCUGGGCUGCUUUCAUUCGCGUUUUAUUACAUGAUAACGAACCCUUCAACGUUGGAAAAAGCGCGACAAGAAAUUGACGAAGUCGCUGGCACGAAUGCGCUUACAACUGAACAUCUUUCGAAAUUGCCCUAUAUCAACGCGGUUCUCCGAGAAACACUCCGAUUACAACCCACUGCGCCCGCGUUUGCGGUAUACUCCGAUAAGGACGAAAUAAUCGGUGGCAAAUACCUGAUCCGGGCUGGCCAGCACAUUAUGGGUUUUCUCCACGGCGUACACAGAGAUAAGGAGGCCUGGGGUGAAGACGCCGAAGAAUUUAAGCCCGAGCGCAUGCUCGACGAAAACCUUCCCAAAAUUCCACAAAAUGCCUGGAAACCAUUCGGCAACGGAAUGCGAGGAUGUAUCGGACGGGCCUUCGCUUGGCAAGAGGCACUGUUGGUAGUAUCCAUGGUUCUACAGCACUUCACGCUAGAAAUGGCGGAUCCUACUUACAAGCUCAAGAUCAAGGAAACUCUGACUCUGAAGCCGGAGGGAUUUUAUAUUCGUGCGAAAAUAAGACAUUAUGAAGAUGCGACAGAGUUAGCGAAAGCGAUUGACCAUGGUUCGAGCCCGGUUUUGAAGACGUCGUCGUCUUUGACUUCUGUUGCGACGUCGCGGACGCAAGGGGAUAGUAAGCCGAUUACGUUUCUAUAUGGGUCAAACACUGGGACUUGUGAGGCUCUUGCUCAUCACCUGGCGAAAGAUGCGGCGACUAAGGGCUUCUCGGCGACUAUUGCACCUGUGGAUUCCGCGACGCGGAAGCUUCCGACGGACCAGCCUGUUGUUAUAUUGACGGCGUCUUAUGACGGUCGACCAGCUGAUAACGCCGCGCAGUUCGUCGAGUGGCUAGAGAACUUAAAUACUUCACCAUCUCCGCUAGAAGGAGUUCAGUACGCCAUCUUCGGCUGCGGCCACCGCGAUUGGACGACAACAUUCCAUCAUGUUCCUAAAAUCGUCGACACUCUCCUUUCGCAAGCCGGCGCAACACGCAUCGCGCCUCUCGGCACCGCUGAUGCUGCCGUCAGCGAUUUAUUUUCUGACCUUGAGACGUGGUCUAGUGAACAACUUUGGCCGGCGUUAGGAUACGCGCGGGACGACGGGGAGUUGGUGCGGAGUUUGUUAAAGGUGGAUGUACAACGACCGCGAAGAGUGGAAAUGCAUGAAGGUCUCAUCGAAGCACUUGUGACGGGUUCGAGAAGUUUAACGGCAUCGGAUGCGCUGGUUAGGAAACAGCAUGUCGAAUUGGAACUACCUGCUGGGACCCGAUAUGAGGCUGGGGAUCAUCUAACAGUUCUCCCGGUUAACCCAUGGGCAACAGUAAAGCGUGCGCUAGCGAGGUUCCAUCUAUCGAGGGAUUCGAUGAUUACCUAUGCGUCAGGUGAAAAUAUUACCGGCAUAAGUCAAGAGGGGACUGUGGUUUCGGCGGCCGAUAUACUAAGUUGUCAUGUCGAGCUCGCGCAGCCUGCGACACCGAGGGAUACCCGCGUCCUAGCCGCCGCUAGCACAAACCCGAAAACACGCGAAGCGCUCGAACGCCUCGCCACAGAAUCCUACGAGAGCGAGAUCCGCGAUACGCGGACUUCGAUCCUAGACCUUCUCGAGCGCUUCCCCGACGUCGAUCUUCCUUUCGGCACAUUCCUAAGCCUCGUCCCAUCAUUACGUCUACGCACAUAUUCCAUCUCAUCCGCACCACCUACAUCACAAACCUCAAGCCCUAAUAAAUCAGCUACUGUGCCUUCAUCCCUAACCUUCUCCAUCCUAGACCAACCAGCGCGUUCUAACUCAGCAUCCCGGUUCCAAGGCGUAGCAUCCACAUACCUAGCCGAACUUACCAGAGGAGACGUAGUAUACGUCGGCAUCAAAAAAGCACGCGAUGCAUUCCGCGUACCGUCGGACAAAAUCCCGAUAGUUAUGAUUGCAGCUGGUGCGGGGUACGCGCCGUUUCGGGGUUUUCUGCAGGAGAUUAGUGCGCGUCGGAGUGUCUCCGACGGAGCAAAAGCCGAAACAUUGCUGUUUCUUGGGUGUCGGGGGACGGAAGAUGAUAUUUACCGCGAGGAAUUAGAUAAGGCCGAGGAGACGGACGUUGUUGGGGUAGUCCGGGCUUAUAGUCGUAGUAGUGAUGGUUUAGGGGUGGAGAAUGUGGUGGGAGGGCAUGUACAAGAUGCACUCAAGGCUCGGAGGGCGCAAUUGGUUGAAUUGUGGAAGAAAGGGGCGAAGUUUUUUGUUUGUGGAAAUUCGAAGAUGGCUAGUGAUGUGCGGAAGAUUAUAAGGGAGGUUGCCGUAGAGGCAGAAGCAGAGAAGGUGACUGGGGACGGGGAGGAGGCUGCGUGGUUUGCGCAGUUCGAGCCAUCGCGGUAUGUGGCGGAGAUUUUUGCCUAGACUAGACUAUUUCUCAAAGUUUGGCGUAAGGAGGGAAUUCUGUAUGAUAUUACCAAAAAACUGUCUUUACCUGGGUAUGAAGAGGAAAUAUAUAUCACGAAGCCAAUUCCAAGCAUAUGAAUCAUCCUAAAGUAGCUCACUC